AUGCCUCCCACAACGGGCACCCGGACGUCUACCAGACAAGGCCGAGCUACAGUGAGGCCCACCAACUACUAUGCGCGCACUUUCGCAGGCAGGAUCGCGGCCAACGGGCUUGAGCAGACGCCAGAGUCCUCCAACAGCGCGCCAGGCUUUCUCCCGGCGCUCACGCACUUCACGGCCGCUGUCGACUCCUUUCCAAAAGAGAUCAUCAACCACUUCUCCAUGUUCAAGGAGGUUGAGGAGCAGAUGCUGAAGGAGCUGUUCGACGAGAUUGCCCAGCUGCCCGUCACCACCAAGGGUCAGCUACGUAAUGGAGAAUCAGAAUUUGGAGGGUCCAAUAGCAACGUUGAUUCGCUUCCACAAAGCUUCUCCAGCCUCCCUCCCGAAGAACAGGUCAUCAGAAAACGCCAGCUGUUCUACCGGCUCCGUGUCCUAAUGGCGCAGAUUAUUCCCACCCUCGACGAGAAACUGGUCGUGCUCCAGGCAGCCAAAAUCACAAAAGAUAAAGGCCUCAUGCGUAUGCACCAUUCCUUCUCCCAGCUCGACAACGAGAUCAGCGACGAAGCGCGCUACGGCAGCCUGAACCACUGGGCCUACGCGGACAAGGAGGAAAAGAAGAAGGGCAGUACAACGCACGAGCGACAGCGGCGCGAGGUCGCUGCUGCGAAUAAUCUGGCAGCAGCAGCACAACACGUCCAUGACGUAGACUCGAUAGCCGCGAAGAGCGAAGCCCGGCGCGAGGCAGUGCUGGCCAACAAGCGUAGCCGGCACCACCAAGUUGACUCAGACUUUGACGAUAGGCCCGCGAAGAAGCCGCAAAAGAGAAAGCCGCUUGCCGCAGACGCGGCGCCUCCAGACAACCGCCAUGUUGGACUUGGCAUAGUGGGUAAUGGUGCAGGACCCCACGGCAAGCGCAAGAAGACCGAAAAGGCUCUUGCUGCCGCAACAUUAGCCGCCCCGGCAAUGGAGCGCUCCUUGAGCGGGGCCCUCAAGGCUGCAGGCAGUGGUGGUGGGCGCGGUGGUUCGAGCCCGAGAGCUACUCCAGGCCUAGAGACGGCUGCCAGCUCCAAGCGCAAACCAAGAGCCGCACCUGCGCCAGCUCAGCGCAAGAACCAGCUUCCAACAUACUCCCCACCUCUCGCGUCCUCCCCACUAGCCGCGAACUUUGCCAUCAACAAGACUAUCGCCCGGCGCCAGCGCCUCGGAUCGUCCACUGUCAGCACGAGCGAGAAAGAAUUCGAUAGCGAAUUCUGUCACAUCUGUGACUGCCCAGGAACGUUCGAAUGGUCGACGCCCGUCGUUCAUCGCAUUCUAUUCAGCAAGCUGCAAGCAGCAAUGCUAUCACAGAGCUCGAGCAGGGCUGCAGGCAUCGGCGCAUCUACUCCCAGGGAUGCCAUGGACACUGCUCCACCCUUUGAACCGCUUGCUCUGAAACAGGAAGAGCUUGCCCUACAAGAGCCAGAAAGCAUGGACAUUGAUAUGCCCGUAGCGGCGUCGCACGCAGCCAGAGCUGGCAGAACAUCAAAAACUGCGACACCGGUCGUUGGAUCGUUCCCCGAGAUCCCCAUGGCACGCAGCCGCAGUAUGCGCAAUGCCAAUAACUCGAACUCCAAUACAUCCUCCGAGAACAACAGCACUACUACAGGUGCUGUAUCGAAGCGAGGAACUAAGAAGGGUCCGCAGACAACAUCCAACGCAGCUCUUGCUUCGCCAGCAGUCAAGCCUGCCCCGAACCCGAAAUCUAAUCCCCCGUCCUCGACUACGAGUUCGAUCCCCCCCGAGCUGGAGAACGAAUACCCAGAGGCAGAGUCAGAAGAGGACGGCGACGAGCCACGGUACUGCUACUGCAACGAAGUAUCCUAUGGUAACAUGGUCGCAUGCGAUAAUGACGACUGCCCGCGGGAAUGGUUCCACUUGGCGUGUGUGAACCUUGACAAGGCACCCGUCGGCAGGACAAAGUGGUUCUGUAGCGACGAGUGCAAGGAGCACCACGCAAAAACCAAGACUAAGGGGGGACGGCCUGGAAGCAGUAGGCAAUAG